AUGAAAAUUCUACAAUUAUUGCUGACGUUCCAAUUGGCUUACACACAUCAAUUGCAAAUUUCUUGCAAAAAUACUGAUCAGGUGCAUAAAAAAUCGAUCUUCUUAUGGUCAAUUGAAAGAAAUAAUAUUGUUGAAGGUUAUAUGUUCGGAACAAUUCAUGUACCAUUUACCGAAGUCUGGGAACAAGUAUCGGAAAAAGUAAAAACAGCAUUUGCACGAUCAGAUUCUGUGGUUUUUGAAUUGGAUCUUCACAAUACAAAUACAAUCGAACGAUUAUUGAAAUGCAAAAAUAUUCCGGAUGGUGGUACAGUGAAAGAUUAUUUGUCGCCUAGAUUGUAUCUAAGGCUGGAACACUGUAUUUUUUUCUUUUCCAUUGUCAAAAUUUUAGCUCUAUGA